AUGUUCAAGCGUACCUGCACGGAUCUGACCAAAAUACCCAAGGAGAAGGUGCGCCAGUGGCUGACCACAAUCGAAUCGGUGAUAUUCGAUGCCGACGGUGUUCUGUGGCACCUGAACCGGCCGAUCAAUGGGGCAGUGGAGACCUUUAAUAUGAUCAAGAGCUCGGGCAGGCAGGUGCUGGUGGCGACCAACCAUUCGGGUCUGCUCACCAAGGAUCUGGCCGCGAAGGCGCACCAGUUCGGCUACGAGAUCCAGGAAGAGCAGAUACUGAGCUCGGCGCUGUCCGUGGCCAGCUUCUCUGUGGGCAAGGAGAAGCUGCUCAAGCCCAUGGAACAGUUUGCCAAGGAUAUGUACCUGGAUCACGAGGUGGGCGCCGUGAUAAUCGGCAAGGAUGAGAGCUUCAAUGUGCCGAAGAUAAUCAGGGCCAGUUCGUACCUCCAGGAGCCGAAGGUCCUCUUCCUGGGCACCUGUCUGGACACCGCCUAUCCGGUGGGCAAAAACCGGAUGAUUGUGGGCGCCGGUGCCAUGGUAGGCCGCCGUGAAGGCCAUCACUGGCCGAAUGCCGCUGAUUUUGGGCAAGCCGAAUCCCCUGAUGGUGGAGCAGCUGCUGCAAUGCGGCGUCCUCAAGCGGGAGUCCACGCUGAUGGUUGGCGACACUGUAAGUGCAACUGCGGCUUCCAAUCGCUUUUCGUGGGCACCGGCGUCAGCAUCUUGAAAGAGGUGCGCCAGAUUUGCAAUGACGAAGGACACAGCAAAGUGGACAUGAUCCCAGACACCUAUCUGCCCUCUCUGGGACACUUGCGGGAGUUCCUCUGCUAG